GAGGAGGGCCUUUGGGUUAGGAGAGCAGUGCGUACACGCACGAACCCACCAACCAUAUCAAGUAGCCCACCAGUCCACCACCACCAUCACAAUAUGCUCCUGGCAUUUAUAAGUAAAGAAUGGAGAGACCUUCGUCAAUCAAGAUUUCAACAGCAGAGGACCUCAAAAGAUGAGCAGGUCGUCGUUCUGUUGUUGUCGACACCUUAUUUUCUCCUUUCUCUUUCUUCUUCUCUCUUUUUUAACUCAAGUUAGAGCAGCCACAGAGGAGAAGAAAAAUGUUUAUAUUGUUUACAUGGGAGCUGCGACUUCUUCGCCACGGGGAUCCCUGUGGGAGGACCACAUCCAGCUUCUGAGUUCAGUGUUAGAAAGGACGGAAGCCAUGCAAGAAAGACUCGUAUACAGCUACAGAAACGGGUUCUCUGGAUUUGCGGCCCAUCUAACAGAAGAAGAGGCUGGUGCAAUGGUUCAGAAACCGGGAGUCGUCUCUGUGUUUGAAGACCCUGUCUUGCAACUUCAUACCACUCGAUCAUGGGACUUCUUACAGUAUCAAACCGAUCUGAAGAGAGACUCAAACCCGAGUUCGGACUCGGACACGCUCACUCAGGGAUCGGACACCAUUAUAGGAAUCCUGGACACCGGUAUAUGGCCGGAGUCGGAGAGCUUCAAGGAUACAAACAUGGGACCGGUCCCAUCCAGAUGGAAGGGAGUUUGCAUGGAAGGACGUGAUUUCAGUGCUUCUAACUGUAACAGAAAGUUGAUUGGUGCAAGAUAUUACAACGACACCACAAAAAGCAAGGGAGAGAUACAUGAGCAGACGCCGAGAGAUACGGUUGGUCAUGGAACCCACACGGCCUCCACGGCAGCUGGGAUCUCUGUUCCUGGUGCAUCAUACUACGGCCUAGCCGUGGGAACCGCCAAGGGUGGGUCCCCUGGAUCAAGAAUCGCCAUUUACAGGGUCUGCUCAUCCAAUGGAUGUCGUGGGUCGGCGAUCUUGGCUGCAUUUGAUGAUGCAAUUGGCGAUGGGGUUGACGUGAUGUCUUUGUCACUGGGUGCAUCGGCGUACUUGAGACCGGAUUUCAACGAGGAUCCCAUUGCCAUCGGAGCAUUCCAUGCCGUCGACAAGGGGAUAACGGUGGUCUGCUCAGCAGGAAAUGAUGGGCCCUCCUCAUCAACUGUUGUGAACGCAGCUCCAUGGAUUUUGACCGUUGGUGCCACCACCAUUGACAGGGACUUUGAGUCGGAUGUUGUUUUGGGCGGAAACAAAGUUGUCACGGGUGAAGCCAUAAAUUUCUCUGAGCUCCAAAAGUCUCCGAUAUACCCCUUGAUAUAUGCAGAGUCCGCGAAAUUGAAUUCGAGCUCCGAUGAGGACGCAAGAAACUGUAACCCAGAUGCACUGGAUGGAGCUAAAAUCAAAGGGGAGAUUGUUUUGUGCCAGCAUUCACAGCGUUACUACUCAAAACGAGAAAAGAUGGAGGAAGUGAAAAGCUUGGGAGGAAUUGGAUUGAUUUUGAUUGAUGACUUGGAAAGAGCUGUUGCUUUUACUUACGGUGAAUUUCCCAUGACUGUGAUCUCUUCCAAAGAUGCAGACGACAUCUUCUCCUACAUCAAUUCAACCGGGAACCCGGUCGCAACCGUCCAACCAACGGUUUCAGUGACGAAAUAUAAACCAGCGCCUGCAGUUGCCUACUUCUCAUCAAGAGGCCCUAAUCAGCAGACAGAGAACAUUCUCAAGCCUGAUGUCGUUGCACCGGGCGUUAACAUCCUGGCAUCAUGGAUUGAGACCAACAGUAGUUCAGGAGUACCUGCAGGCCAGAAACCCUCACAAUUCAACUUGCUCUCAGGAACAUCCAUGGCAUGCCCACAUGUUUCCGGCAUUGCAGCAACAAUCAAAUCCAAGAAUCCCGACUGGAGUCCGUCUGCCAUCAGAUCGGCCAUCAUGACGACAGCUAUUCAAGUAAACAGUGAGAAGAACCCAAUCACAAUAGAUUCGGGAUCGAUGGCCACACCAUACGAUUAUGGUGCGGGAGAAGUAAGCCCAUCUGGGUCUCUAGAACCAGGAUUAGUCUACGAAACGGACACCAAUGACUACCUGCAAUUUUUAUGUAACUACGGCUACUCAAUCUCAAAAAUCAAACUCAUCGCAUCCACCCUCCCGGAGGGAUUUGAAUGCCCCAAGGAUUCUAGCGCAGACUUGGUCUCCAAUCUCAAUUACCCUUCAAUUGCCAUCUCUGGAUUCAAAGGGAAAGAGGGCAAGAAAGUGAACCGAACAGUGACAAACGUGGGUACAGAGGAUGAAUCCGAAUACGUAGCGACUGUAAAUCCACCGCCUGGAGUGGAUGUGCAGGUAAUACCUGAAAAGCUGCGGUUCACAAAGAACAUAAAGAAGAUAAGCUACCAAGCCACAUUUUCAUCAUCUGCUUCUUCCCCAGUGAAAGGGGAUUCAUUCGGAUCAAUUACUUGGACAAAUGGAAAGUACAAAGUUAAGACACCAUUGGUGGUCAGCAGCGACUGAACGAGGAAUGACGACAAUAGCGAAAACGAACAUCUCUACUUGUACUUCGUGCUGCUUUGCUUUCUGUGUUGUACUUACAGGAUUAGCUGAUCUGAAAGGACGGACUUUCCUUAGCUGUAGAAUAUUAUAGUAGUGGUGUGGUGAUAUUCAAACUCGCAUCAAAAUCUGUUUUCUGAGGCAGAAACAUUAGUAAUGUAAAUUCCAAGUCGCAUCCACAAUCAUAUAUUCGUGGACAACUGUUAACAGAAAACGUUGGCACUGCCUAAAGCUAAACUCUAGAGCCGGAGGUUUUGCA